AUGACUCGAUCCCAUUUACGCAAAGAGAAAUCGCAAAGUGGUUAUCAAGUGGCAGAUGAUGAUCACUUGGAGGGCACUUCUGCACGAACAAGACCACUGAGCUAUGAUGACGUAAUGCUCAUAAGAAAUAACAAGAGAGGUGCAGCGAAAGUAGUUGCCAGUGACCCUGAAGAUGCUAAUAUUGCAUCAGGGCAUGAUGACCACAAGAAGAAUUGUGAUAUCAAAGAGCAUCAUAGGGAAACAAACGAGGAUUCGGAACCUAUGGUUGUGAGACACACUUCAAAUGACUCUCAGAAGGUUAGGUCUCAGCGGAAAAGGGAUAGCAAUGCUUCAAUGAAGAGUGGAAAGUUUGUUCAGGAUAACGAUGAAGGGUAUAGGAGUCGUACUUUCAGAUUAAAGAGUGUAUGGGAAAAAGUUGAUGACAGCAAGAGAGAGAAUGAAGAAGAAAAUGAAAGAGGACAUCAAGACAAUAGAAGAAGAGAUGGUCCAGUAGGUGUUGAUUCUCAUUAUGGAUCAAAUAAGAGAGAAACCAGAGAUUCAUAUAAAAAGGAUGCAACUUCUAUAAGAGGCAGAGUCAGAUCCAAAGUUGAUCGACAACAUCUCCUUGACAAUGAAAACCAGGUCAACAGAAAGAGGAAAACUGAACAGCUAAUGAGCGGCGAGUCCGAGAAAGAGUAUAAAAGAUGGAACGAACAAGGUGUGAUCCAGACAGAAAGAUUAUUAACCAACAGAGGCAGAGAGAAAGCCGAAAAAGAAACCAGACACAGACAUCAUAACGAGGAGGAUAAAACUAAAAGCAGACAUACAAGUAAAAGGGAUGUUCUUGAAAGGAAAGACCCGGAGCUGCCACGAGCCUCUAUUGAAGAGUCCAGAGCCAAGAGAAGAAGAUCAAGGAGCAGAGAGCGCGUCAAGGACAGAGGUAGAAGGUCCCGUUCGCACUCACCUAAGACACACAAACACACUUCGAAAGAUAAAAGGGAACAUGGCGAAUUAUCAUCUCACUCGAGUAAAGACAGAUCAGGAAGAGAACGUUCUGAUAUUGACAAGAAGUUGAUACCCACUUGUGGGUCUAAUAGUCUCAAUAGACGAAACACUGAGCCCUCGAGUGGUCUUGGGGGCUAUUCACCUAGAAAGAGGAAAACAGAUGCAGCUGGUAGAACACCUUCCCCUACCCGUCGCUCUCCAGAAAGGAGGACAGCUGGGUGGGAUUUACAACCUGCUCAGAAAGAUACCUUCGUGGCUAGUUCAGCUCUUCCCAAUCUGCAAUUGCUGCCUCCUAGCCAGAAUGUUGCAUUGAAUGUGAUGAAUUUUCAGAGUGUCAUUCCAAUGGCUCCUACUUUUGUGAGACCUACUGUAGUUUCUCAUCAGAACAUGUCUUCACAGAUGCAUGCCAUAGAGGCUGUUCAGCUAACUCAAGCAACACGACCUAUGAGGAGGCUUUACGUGGAAAACAUACCUUCUUCGGCUUCUGAAAAAGACUUAAUAGACAUUAUUAACAAGUAUUUGCUGACAUCUGGUGUUAACUACGUUCGAGGAACACAACCAUGUAUCAGCUGUAUUAUACACAAGGAGAAGAGCCAGGCUCUCUUGGAAUUUUUGACCCCUGAGGAUGCUACUUCAGCUCUUUCUUUGGAUGGAGUGUCAUUUUCUGGGUGCAACCUUAAACUAAGGCGCCCUAAGGACUUUGCUAGCGUAACAACUGGUCUUUCUGACAAAUCAGUGGUUGCUGCUGAUUGGAUUAGCAAUGUUGUAGAGGAUUCUCCCCACAAGAUCUUUAUUGGGGGAAUCUCGAAACUUGUUUCUUCCAAAAUGCUUUUAGAGAUUGCUAGAGCCUUUGGACCUGUGAAGGCAUUUCGCUUUGAAUUUAUUGCUGAUCGUAAUGAACCUUGUGCAUUUCUUGAGUACGUUGACCAUUCAGUUACUUCAAAGGCAUGUGCUGGUCUUAAUGGUAUGAAGUUGGGUGGACGAGUUGUUUCUGCAGUAUUUGCCACUCCAGAAACUAAUAUGGAAAACAUUGGAAAGUUGCCAUUUUAUGGGAUUCCUGAGCACGCCAAGCCCCUUCUUGAGGAGCCCACAGCUGUUUUGAAGUUGAAGAAUUUGUUGGAUUUGGAAGGGCUCUCGUCACUUUCUGAGUCGGACCUAGAAGACAUAUUGGAGGAUAUAAGGCUGGAAUGUUCCAGGUUUGGGACAGUGAAGUCUAUAAAUGUUGCUAAGCCAACUAAGCCAACUGUCUGCACCAUGGAAGCACGGGAAGUAAAGAAUACAAGUGUGUCUACUGAGCUGUACAACGUUGAGGUUGCCAGUAGGAGUACUAGGACAGAACAUACAUGCAAGAUCAUUGAUCGAGUUGGAGAACUCGACCAAUCAGAACCUACAGUAACUCGUACUGGAUUUGAGAAUAAUAAACGAACUGUUAGUUCAGACGAGACUAUUGCUAGCAAUGUUGAAAAGGAUAAAGUCUGCAAACGACCUUCACCCGAUGAAAACAAUUCCGUGAAAGAGCCUUUGAGCCAGGAAUAUUCUCGCAGUUCUAAUGGAGAUCCUGCAGAUGAAGAAUAUGAUUCACCUAUGGAGUUCAAAAACGAGGAUAAAGUUGCAGGUUGCGUUUCCAAGAUAAAAACUUCCAUGGAAAUUGAGAGUUUGACUGAGGGAGAUUUGCAGUCUGAAGAGGAACAUGAUGCAAAAACCCGCCGCAGUCUGUCCACCAUUCAACAUCUCGCCCUUACAAAGCAGCCCCUACCGCCGUCGCAUUUCACAUGCGUCCUCACAGCAAACCCUUGUCGAGGAAAUCUCAGACCCGAAGUUCUCCGAGCAGCAAUAGCCGCGAGCUUCAAGGCCAUGCGCUGCCAUCACCGAGAUCCACCCACCCCGCAGCCUAGAAGUAAGCAGCCGCGACCCGCUUUCUGGCAACCACCCAUCUUCCCCGACGGUGAAGGAAAGCGUCGUGGCUCCUCCACGGUGUCAAGUGUUGGCCAACGCUCUCCUCGCCCGCUUCUAAGGGUCAACCGACAUCGGGGCUACCUCCUGGCGUCCGGCGUCCUCGACCUCUUCUGA